AAAUGACCUCGACCCCUACAGUAGGUCAACCACGCCGGGUACACGUUGACAGGUUCUCAGACUUAGAAGAUCACAAACUCGAUUGUCCAACAGAUUCUGAAACAGAAGACCAAGAUGCCUGAGAAGUGUAUCCUAGUCACUGGAGGGGCAGGCUAUGUGGGAAGCCAUUCUGUCAUCGAACUGAUUGCAGCAGAAUACUCCGUCGUUGUCCUUGACAACCUGGUCAAUGCCAGCAUGGAGAGUAUCCGCCGCGUGGAGGAGAUUGUCGGGAAGAAGAUCCAGACAUACAAUGUUGACCUGCUGGACAAGAAGGCAGUGGAAGAGGUGUUCGGCAAGCACAAGUUCAGUGCAGUGAUCCACUUCGCAGGUCUGAAGGCUGUUGGGGAGUCAUGUGACCUUCCGCUCUUGUACUACAAGACAAAUGUUGGCGGAACUGUCAACCUUUUAGAGGUGAUGAAGGAGAAUGGGGUCAACAACCUAGUGUUCUCCAGCUCUGCAACAGUGUAUGGAACACCACAGUAUCUGCCUCUGGACGAGAAACACCCAAUCGGGGGAUGUACCAAUCCUUAUGGCAAAACAAAAUAUUUCAUCGAAGAAAUUUUAAGAGAUCUCUCGAAUGCAGAAAAGCAGUGGAAUAUUGUUAUCCUGAGAUACUUCAACCCAGUUGGUGCUCACAAGUCGGGGAAGAUCGGGGAGGACCCUCAAGGUCCGCCAAACAACCUGAUGCCGUUUGUAGCCCAGGUGGCAGUAGGGCGAAGGUCUGAACUGAAGGUGUACGGCAGCGACUACGACACUCCCGAUGGGACAGGUGUUCGGGAUUACAUUCACGUAGUUGACCUUGCCCAAGGUCAUGUGGCAGCGAUUAAAAAAGUCGAAGAGGGCUGUGGAAGCAAGACCUACAACCUGGGAACUGGACAUGGCUACUCCGUACUGGACAUGGUCAAAGCAUUUGAGAAGGCAUCAGGAAAGUCGAUUCCAUACAGUAAAGUUGAGCGCCGUCUUGGAGACAUCGCCUCAUGUUAUGCUGAUGCUGCUCUUGCAAAGACAGAACUGCCGUGGACAGCACAAAAAAACCUGGAUGAGAUGUGUGAGGAUCUGUGGAGAUGGCAGUCUACCAAUCCGAAUGGCUUCCGAUCAGCUGAUGGCAAAUAAUGGCAACUAAUGCUAAGCAUUAAAUAAAUUACAAACAGUAGUUAUAACAAUCAUUGCCCGGUCUGCUUCACAACACCACAUUCAUCAGUGAUCUCUUUCAGGCAGCCAUGAAGAGGGACAGUUACAUGGAAUAAACAUUUAUUUUUGUAGAUCAUAGACAAUACAUACAGACUUGUUGGGAACAUAAUGGAAUGGUGAGCUUUGUGGGGAAGGCUCCACUGUAAAGUUCAUGUUGAACUUUGAAGACUUCACUGUAUCAAGUGUGAAAGUUUAGUCUCAAGUGCUGUGAAAGAUGGCUCCAUGUGUCAUGGGCUCCACUUUGUCAGAUGUAAUUGUUGACUAAUGUGAGUCUAUCUGAUGGCUCCAAAUGUCAUGUAGAACGGUGCUGUAUGACAUGGAUUGUCUUGUAGCACUUCUGUGUCUGAUGUGACGCUUGCUUUUAAUCUUGAUAUAGCUGUUACAUAUUACCGGUUGUGUCUUUGGUAUGAUCUUGUUUCCAUGGAAACACAUACUGCAAAUUUGUACCUUAACUAGCUGGUCUUGUGUGCCAAGUGUUUAUGACAUCGUGUAUGUUUUUGAGUAAGGGUCCACAAAUUAACCUUGUCUUACCUUGACCGCUGACCUUGAAAAGAAUGUGACAAUUUUUGUCAAUAUUAACAAUAUUUAAUUUUAAUCACAUAUCCAAGAACCAGAGGAUCAUUAAAAGCAGUGAGACCCCGACCUUGGGCAGGGCCAUACACCAAACUAUAUACAUUUGUGAAAUGUUACCUAUCAUUUUACAAGAAAUUUCUGGAAUUGACUGUAGUCUUCAUGAGGCCUACAUGGCUGCUAUCAUGAUUAUUUAUGUGUGUUGAAACAUUUUUUUUCUACGAGUUAUUAUAUCAUGUGUGUAUAGACAUCUGUACUGACUUAUAUUACAUGGAGUUAGAUUUGUAAAACAAAAGUAGUAUCGGCAGAAAUUGGUUCAACUUGAUAUUUAAUUUUCUUCCCUGUCACAAUUCAGUUACGGGGUAGGACAAGGUCCAACAAAAAGGCAGUCAUACCUUUCACACAUCCCGUCUUCUUGUUGAAAUGUCCAGUAAAUGUACUGGGAGUAGUACUGUCCUCCCUGGGUUGGGCCACUUUUGUCCAUGUAACCAGGGUGGCAUUGAAAACCAGACUAUACUGACAUGACACCAGAAGAUUAGAUUAAAACCAAGACACAUCCAUUUCAGCAGAGAUAUUUAUUCAAACAGAACUUUAUACCUUAGAACGGCUGGGGGUGAUUACAAACAGUAUUUUUAAUAAGUUUCUUUCUGGAACUUGUGGAAAUGUUCUGCACAGUUUUUGGCAAGGUUAAAAUGUAUACACAUGUACUUUUUUCACUCUCUGCCCCAUUUCUUCUUCGGGCAUUUCUUUUUCUGUCUUUAGAUUAAUGCCCAGGAUCUUUUCUUCACACCAAAUACACUAUAGAACCAUUCUUGUCAGUUUACCCCCCUUUAUUCCGUUUAAGGCCACUUGCAGAAACUGACCAACAUUUCAGAUUUACUAGCGGAUUUUAGAUGGAUAAUGGUGAUGUUUUGAUUUCAAGACCUUUACCGAUUUCUUUCUCACAAAUGUUUUGUCAUUUAUUUUGUGUGUGUGUGUGUGAUUACUUUUGUUAAAAAAUGUUGUUAACUGUUAAGACAUUUGUGAGAUUAUGUUCAAAUGUGCAGGAAUAAUUUCUGUAAAAUUAUCACAAAUUAGAAACUUAUUGUUAUUUAUUCUUAUAUACAUGUAUAUGCUUGGUGGUUAUUAUACUUUGAAGUGGGUGGUAAAUAAUAGUAUUGUAUAUUUGGUUGGUGGUUAUUUGCGGAGUGAUAUCAGUGUAGCUCUCAGUGUAGACUUUCUGAUCUCACUAGUGUAUUGUUUCAUUUUCUCUUCACCCUGUAUAUUUCACUGGUGUUAAUGUUCGCACUGUUCAAGGGACACAGAUUGUGCAUUAUAGCUUGUGGUGCCAUAAGCGUGUGGUUACUGUUAAGGUUAUCUCCCCUUAUCAGUACAUCUUGAUCUGAACAAACUUACAAAUAUGUGCAAGAGAUGUUGGAGUUCUAAUCUUAAAUAUAGUAAGGCUAUGUGUAACAAAAAUAAAGAUCAUGUUUACCGGUA